UCAAGAAGAAAAAAUGCUCUGAAAUAAUUCUAAGGAGCUUGGCAGCGACGUGAUUAACUUGCAAGCUGAUAUAAUGGUGUCGAAAUGCAGUUCAGAGAACGUACACACAGAGGUGACAGAAAUUAAUACAUAAGCUGUGCUGGAACAAAAAUGCAAUGACAGAAACACUGGAUGAAUGAAUGAAAAGCCCUGCUUUGCAGUCCCUCAGCAUGGCAGGACUACAGCUCAUGACCCCUGCUUCCUCGCCAAUGGGUCCUUUUUUUGGACUGCCGUGGCAACAAGAAGCAAUUCAUGAUAACAUAUACACGCCAAGAAAAUAUCAGGUUGAACUGCUGGAAGCAGCUCUGGAUCAUAAUACAAUAGUCUGUUUAAACACUGGCUCAGGGAAGACUUUUAUUGCAGUACUACUCAUUAAAGAACUGUCGUAUCAGAUCAGGGGAGACUUCAACAAAAAUGGAAAGAGAACAGUAUUUUUGGUCAAUUCUGCAAAUCAAGUUGCUCAGCAAGUGUCAACUGUUCGAACUCAUUCCGAUCUCAAGGUGGGAGAGUAUUCGAGUUUAGAAAUAACCGACUUGUGGACAAAAGAGAAAUGGAACCAAGAAUUUGCUAAAUACCAAGUUCUGGUGAUGACUUGUCAUGUAGCUUUGAAUGUUUUAAAAAAUGAGCAUUUAUCCCUGUCAAACAUUAAUCUCCUUAUUUUUGAUGAGUGCCAUCUUGCAAUCCAGAAUCACCCUUAUCGAGAAAUUAUGAAGCUCUGUGAGAGUUGUCCCUCAUGCCCUCGAAUCUUGGGACUUACAGCCUCCAUUUUAAAUGGGAAAUGUGACCCAGCAGAGUUGGAAGAAAAGAUUCAAAAACUGGAGAAAAUUCUAAAGAGCAGCGCUGAGACAGCAACUGAUCUCGUGGUCUUGGACAGGUAUACUUCUCAGCCAUGUGAGAUUGUGGUAGAUUGUGGACCAUACUCUGACAAAAGUGGUCUCUAUGAAAGGCUGUUAACUGAGCUGGAUGAUGCGCUCAGCUUCUUGAAUGAUUGCAACAUACCUAUACAUUGUAGAGAGAGAGAUUCUACCUUAAUUUCUAAACAGAUACUGUCUGACUGCCGAGCAGUGUUGCUUGUUCUGGGACCUUGGUGUGCCGAUAAAGUAGCUGGGAUGAUGGUGAGAGAGCUGCAGAAGUACAUUAAACAUGAGCAAGAGGAGCUGCACCGGAAAUUUUUAUUGUUUACAGACACUUUCCUAAGGAAAAUCCAUGCACUCUGUGAAGAGCACUUCUCGCCUGCCUCACUUGACCUGAAAUUUGUAACUCCGAAAGUCAUAAAACUGCUUGAAAUCCUGCGUAAAUAUAAGCCCUAUGAACGGCAGCAGUUUGAAAGCGUCGAGUGGUAUAAUAAUAGGAACCAGGAUAAUUAUGUGUCUUGGAGUGAUUCGGAAGAUGAGGAUGAGGAUGAAGAAAUUGAGGAGAAAGAGAAAACUGAGACUAACUUCCCUUCUCCCUUUACUAAUAUCUUAUGUGGAAUAAUUUUUGUGGAAAGAAGAUACACAGCAGUUGUUCUAAACAGGUUGAUAAAGGAGGCUGGCAAGCAAGACCCAGAGCUGGCUUACAUCAGCAGCAAUUUUAUAACUGGACAUGGCAUUGGAAAGAAUCAGCCACGUAGCAAACAGAUGGAAGUAGAGUUUCGAAAGCAGGAAGAGGUACUUAGAAAAUUUCGAGCACACGAGACCAACUUGCUAAUUGCAACCAGUAUUGUAGAAGAGGGCGUUGACAUCCCAAAAUGCAAUUUGGUGGUUCGUUUUGAUUUGCCCACAGAGUACCGUUCAUAUGUGCAGUCCAAAGGAAGAGCCAGGGCACCAAUCUCAAACUACAUCAUGUUAGCAGAUUCAGACAAAAUCAAAGGUUUCGAUGAAGAUCUUAAAACCUACAAAGCCAUUGAGAAGAUCUUAAGGAACAAAUGCUCUAAGUCUGUAGAUACUAGCGAAACAGAAAAUGAACCCAUUGUAGAUGACGAUGACAUCUUUCCGCCGUAUGUUUUGAGACCGGAAGAUGGCGGUCCAAAAGUCACGAUAAACACUGCUAUAGGACAUAUUAAUAGGUACUGUGCUAGAUUGCCCAGUGACCCAUUUACUCACCUGGCUCCUAAGUGUAAGACUAGAGAACUCCCUGAUAACACAUUUUACUCAACACUUUAUCUGCCUAUCAAUUCUCCUCUUCGAGCAUCAAUUGUUGGUCCUCCGAUGAGUUGUACACGAUUAGCAGAAAGAGUUGUGGCUCUUAUUUGCUGUGAAAAAUUGCAUAAAAUUGGUGAACUGGAUGACCACUUGAUGCCUGUUGGAAAAGAGACAGUAAAAUAUGAGGAAGAGCUGGAUUUGCACGACGAAGAAGAAACCAAUGUUCCAGGAAGGCCAGGCUCCACAAAACGAAGGCAAUGCUACCCUAAAGCUAUUCCAGAAUGUUUGAGGAAUAGUUAUCCGAAACCUGAUCAACCAUGUUACCUUUAUGUAAUCGGAAUGGUAUUAACUACACCUCUACCUGACGAGCUCAACUUCAGGCGGCGGAAGCUUUAUCCUCCUGAGGAUACUACAAGAUGCUUUGGAAUACUGACAGCCAAACCUAUACCUCAGAUUCCUCACUUUCCUGUAUAUACCCGCUCAGGAGAGGUGACCAUAUCUAUUGAGCUGAAGAAAUCAGGUUUCACUUUAUCUUUACAAAUGCUCGAGUUGAUCACAAGACUUCACCAGUACAUUUUCUCUCACAUUCUUCGGCUUGAGAAACCUGCACUAGAAUUCAGACCUACGGAUGCUGAUUCAGCCUACUGUGUUCUACCUCUUAAUGUUGUUGAUGGUUCCAGCACUUUGGAUAUUGAUUUUAAAUUUAUGGAAGAUAUUGAAAAAUCUGAAGCUCGUACCGGCAUUCCCAGCACACAGUAUACAAAAGAAACACCUUUUAUUUUCAAAUUAGAAGAUUACCAGGAUGCGGUUAUCAUUCCAAGGUAUCGAAAUUUUGAUCAGCCUCAUCGAUUCUAUGUUGCUGAUGUCUACACAGAUCUUACUCCAUUGAGCAAAUUUCCUUCCCCAGAAUAUGAAACUUUUGCUGAAUAUUAUAAAACCAAGUAUAAUCUUGACCUGACCAAUCUCAACCAGCCAUUGCUGGAUGUGGACCAUACAUCUUCAAGGCUUAAUCUUUUGACUCCUCGUCAUUUGAAUCAGAAAGGAAAAGCUCUUCCAUUAAGCAGUGCUGAGAAGAGAAAAGCUAAGUGGGAAAGUUUGCAGAAUAAACAGAUCCUUGUUCCAGAACUCUGUGCUAUACAUCCUAUUCCAGCAUCACUGUGGAGAAAAGCUGUUUGUCUCCCAAGCAUUCUUUAUCGUCUACACUGCCUUUUGACAGCCGAGGAACUCAGAUCCCAAACCGCCAUUGAUGCUGGUGUAGGAGUAAAGUCACUUCCUGCGGAUUUCAGAUACCCUAAUCUGGAUUUUGGCUGGAAGAAAUCUAUUGACAGCAAAUCCUUCAUUUCUGCUGCCUGCUCCUCUCUGGCAGAGAAUGAAAAUCACUGUAAGUACAGCGCAAUUGUAGUCCCUGAAAAUGCUGCACAUCAAGGUGCUAAUAGAACCUCUUCUGCAGAAAAGCAUGACCAAAUGUCUGUGAACUACAGAACAUUGAUUGAUGAGUCACCCAGUAAGCUCCAGAGUGAUGUCUCAGUAGAACUGGCAACCAUUAAUGGUGUUUCUUACAAUAAAAACCUUGCCAAUGGCAAUUGCGACUUAGCUAGCAGAGACUUUUGCCAAGGAAAUCAGCUAAAUUACUGCAAGCAGGAAAUACCUGUACAACCAACUACCUCGUAUCCUAUUCAGAAUUUAUACAACAGUGAGAACCAGCUCAAGCCCAGCAAUGAAUGUACUCUACUGAGUCAUAAAUAUCUUGAUGGAAAUGCUAACAAAUCUACCUCAGAUGGAUGCCCCAAAAUGGCAAUGACCAGCAGUGCUUCAGAUACUUGUACUCUUUCAAAAGACAAAAUGGAUUCUGCAGUAAGCCCUUGCAAUGGAUACUCCUCAAAAACCCUUGGCCCAAACCCUGGUCUCAUUCUUCAGGCUUUGACUCUUUCAAAUGCUAGCGAUGGAUUUAAUCUGGAGCGGCUUGAAAUGCUUGGUGAUUCGUUUCUAAAGCAUGCCAUCACUACUUACUUGUUUUGCACUUAUCCCGAUGCUCAUGAGGGACGCCUGUCAUAUAUGAGAAGCAAAAAAGUCAGCAAUUGUAAUUUGUAUCGUCUUGGGAAAAAGAAAGGGCUUCCUAGUCGCAUGGUGGUAUCUAUUUUUGAUCCACCUGUCAACUGGCUUCCACCUGGUUACAUAGUAAACCAAGACAAGAAUAACACAGACAAAUGGGGAAAAGAUGAAAUGACAAAGGAGGGCCUGCUGUCGAAUGGAAAACUUGAUGAUGAGUACGACGAUGACGAUGACGAUGAUUUGAUGUGGCAGGUACCCAAGGAGGAAGCUGACUUGGAAGAUGACUUUUUAGAGUACGAUCAGGAGCAUAUCAAGUUCAUUGACAAUAUGCUGAUGGGCUCUGGAGCAUUUGUGAAGAAAAUAUCCCUCUCCCCCUUUUCGCCCGCUGACAACAGCUAUGAAUGGAAAGCGCCCAAGAAGUCAUCCUUGUCUAACGUCCAGUUUUCGUCAGAUUUUGACGAUUUUGACUACAGCUCUUGGGAUGCAAUGUGCUAUCUAGACCCGAGCAAGGCCGUGGAGGAAGAUGACUUUGUCGUCGGUUUCUGGAAUCCGUCGGAGGAGAAUUGCGGCAUCGAUGCUGGGAAACAGUCCAUCUCGUAUGAUUUGCACACAGAACAGUGCAUCGCUGACAAAAGCAUUGCAGACUGUGUGGAAGCCCUUCUGGGCUGCUACCUGACCAGCUGUGGUGAGAGAGCUGCCCAGCUUUUCCUCUGUUCGCUGGGCCUGAAAGUGCUUCCGAUAAUUAAAAAAACUGACGGGGACAGUGUUCCAUACGGUUGCAGAGACCAUUUGAACAGCCAACAGAAACAUCCUUCAGCAAACUGUAUUUCUGCCUCUCUAGCCAAUCAAGAGUUUUCUUUGUAUAAAGACUUGGUUUACGGCUGUUUAAAGAUUCCGCCAAGAUGUAUGUUUGAUCAUCCAGAUGCUGAGAGAACCUUAAAUCACCUUAUAUCUGGCUUUGAAAACUUUGAGAAGAAAAUUAACUACAGUUUUAAGAACAAGGCUUACCUACUCCAGGCAUUUACUCAUGCCUCUUAUCAUUACAACACCAUUACCGAUUGUUACCAGCGGUUGGAAUUCCUGGGAGAUGCAAUUUUGGACUACCUCAUAACCAAGCACCUUUACGAAGACCCACGGCAGCACUCUCCCGGAGUUCUGACAGACCUGCGAUCUGCUCUCGUUAACAACACCAUCUUUGCCUCUUUGGCUGUAAAGUAUGACUACCACAAGUACUUCAAAGCGGUCUCUCCUGAGCUGUUCCAUGUUAUUGAUGACUUUGUGCAGUUUCAGAUGGAAAAAAAUGAAAUGCAAGGAAUGGAUUCAGAGCUCCGAAGAUCUGAAGAAGAUGAAGAAAAAGAAGAAGAUAUAGAAGUACCAAAGGCCAUGGGGGAUAUAUUUGAAUCUCUUGCUGGUGCCAUUUACAUGGAUAGUGGAAUGUCUCUGGAAAUGGUUUGGCAAGUGUACUAUCCAAUGAUGAGGCCGUUAAUAGAAAAAUUCUCUGCAAAUGUUCCCCGUUCCCCAGUACGAGAGCUACUGGAGAUGGAGCCAGAGACAGCUAAAUUUAGCCCUGCAGAGAGAACCUAUGAUGGAAAAGUCAGAGUAACCGUGGAAGUUGUAGGGAAGGGAAAGUUUAAAGGUGUUGGAAGAAGCUAUCGGAUCGCCAAAUCUGCCGCAGCGCGAAGAGCUCUACGAAGCCUCAAAGCAAAUCAACCUCAGGUUCCAAAUAGCUGAGACACCUCUUGGGAAAAAAAGGAGAGAUUUUAAAGUUGAUGUUGAGAGGAACAAAUUGAAGACAGCAUUUAAAAUUUGAUAACAAAAAUAGCUAACAACAUUUAACAUAUAUACAUAAUUUUGGAACUAAUUGUAGUGAUAGGUUUUUUUUUCUUUUUGCGCAAACACAAUCUUUGUCUUCUUUCCUCACUUCUGCUUUGUUUAAUCACAAGAGUGCUUUAAUGAUAACAUUUAGCAAGUGUUCAAAAUUGUUGUCAGGUAACAUUUGAUUUACUUUGUCAGUACAGCUUUGCUUAGUGUUAAAGGCCAGGGAGCUUUUGCCGAACGCAGUUACUAGAUUUUUAUAUAUAUACAUGUGUAUAUGUAUAUAAAAAUCUUGAAAUUUCUCAAAUCUGUGCACUAGUGCCAGUCACAAAGCAGUUUAUAAACUGUACUGGAUGAUUUGGUGUAAAGGAUAAGUGUGCCAGUAUUGUCCUUGUUCUUUCCGUGCCAUCUUGGCAUUAAGAUGGCAUUCCCAAUCAUUAUUGCACUUAUUUGUUAGGGACAGGUUUUUAAUUGAAAUGUCUGGCAUCUGAGAGAGAGAAAAUGGAUGCCCGCGUAGUCUUGCAUUUGAAAGGUUCUUGCCUUAAAAGUAUAUAAAACCCUCAUUAAUUGCAACCUUUAAUUUCUGGUCUCUUCGGAGCACAACUGUUUUACAUUCCCUUCAUUUUUAGAAUGCAUUUUAUGAUACGGCUCUGUAUUUGCAGUACAACAGGGUAGUUUAGCUGUGACUUAACUUAUUACAGGACUGUAAUAGAAUUCAUAUUCAUAUAUAUGUAGUGUGGUUAUUUUUAACGAUUCAGAGGAAAUUGUUAGUACAGAUUUUUGUUUUUGAUAUUGAAAACAAAACAAAAAAAGUCUCUUCC